AGGGUAUUAGUAUUGUGCGGAACUGGCACUGGUCUAUUGGAAUUGCGGUGUGUUUAUCGAGUGUUUAGAUCGAGUGACCGAUCGAGGGAGAGUGAAUCUUGAGUGACCAAAAACAAAACAAAAAAAAAUGAAAGCGUGUCAAAUGUGGUUCUCCUGCUGGUUAGGCUGCUGGAUGCUGGUAACGCUCGGUGCAGCUCAGGAUGGCAGUUUCUAUGCCAAGUUAAUCACUUUCGCCAUCCACAACAGUGAGCUGAACGUGACCACGGACGUAGAGUCGGACUUUAAGGAUUUUGAGUCGCUCGGCUGCAACCGGACCGAUCCGUUCGCUCUCAUUGUGCACGGCUGGAAGGAAAGCUGCCGGACGGAGUGGUUGGUCGACAUGAUCUCCAAUUUGUCGAGCGUGCGGCCGGGUUGUAUUUACUGUAUGAACUAUAACAACUUCUCCCGGUAUGACGAUUACUUUGGGUUGGUGCGUCAGUUUCUGCCCAUUUCGAAGGUAUUGCUGACGAAGCUGGAGCAGCUCGAGGACUUUGGCUAUGACCUCGAACAAGGCCACGCGUUUGGGUUCAGCUUUGGAGCACGGUUGUCACUCGAUGCGCUGCAGAAGUUUGGUCCAGGUCGACUCGGUGCGCUGGAUGUCUGCGAACCGGCUGGACCCGGGUUCGAUGGGGAUCAGAAAUUCCGCGACCUGGAUCCGCGCCUGGCAGCCAAGAAUGUGCAGUGUAUUCACACCAGUGACAACUAUGGUACGCGGGAGCGUAACUGUCACCAGAACUGGAACCUGGGACGAUGCGGUAAGUCGCAGGAUGCGGCAGGACCGUAUCCGAAAGGUUCGCACGGUCUCUGCCCGUACAUGUACAACAGUGCGUUCCGGCACGACUUUCUGGCCGCACCCAACAAACAGAACUGUCCGACGAAGCGACUCGCAACGCAUUGGCCAAAGGGCUUCCGGAUGGGUUACUUUAUGGAUCGUAAAAGUGACGUUUACGGAGAUCUUUUUGCUGACACUACGCGCGAGUACCCGUACUUCGACAGUACUUACGCUAACGAAGUCAAUGAGGUUUAAUUAGUUUGUUCGGAUGUGCGCUUCGCUGGGAUCUGUUUCACAAUUACCGGCAGCCCGGCGUCCCUUCCCCCUUGCCACUUAACCACCAGACCACCAGAGGCGCAGUGGAGCGGAAUAAAAAGUUUUGAUGGAUCCUUUCGGUUUUGCGUGAAGCAGCGAUUUUUUCUCCACUCCACUCGUCGACUGUUGCCAUCGCUGGCGCUGGAGCUCGAUACCGUCCAUCGAUGGUAGGUAAGGAUUGCUUACAUCUUCAUUAGGUUCCUACUUAGGACGCACUAUAAAGAAUUGUCGGAAGGAUCAUG